AUGGAUGUUUACCGGGAGAUAUGCAAUAUUGAGAAGAUCCUACCGCCUCUCCCGAUUAAACACAAGAGAGGAGGAAGUCAAAAUGAGUAUUGCGAAUACCACCGAAUCUACGGGCAUUCUACCAAUGAGUGCUAUGACCUAAAGAAUGUCAUAGAAAAACUGGCACGAGAAGGAAGACUAUACCGGUUCUUAGCCAGUAGAGCGGAUGAACCAAAAAUGAGUAGAAGGGAUGAAGAGGUCGGACAAGUUGAAUGUCCCCCUCAUACCCCUAAGAGACAUGUUCACAUGAUAAACAGAGGAUUCGCAGGAGGAGGGAUCUUUAAGUCAUCCCGCAAAAGACACCUUAAAGAGGUGCAUCAUGUCGGAGAUGGGGACAGGUCAUCCGACCUCCCCAUUAUUACCUUCACUCAAGAAGACGCAGCAUGCAUCAUACCGGGGCAUGACGACCCCGUGUUCAUUACCAUCAUACUCGCCAAUGCUAAUCUCCACCAAACAUUGGUAGAUCAAGGAUGCUCCAUGGAUAUCCUAUUUAAAUCCGCCUUUGACAAGUUCGGCCUACAGGAAAAAGAGCUCAGGGCAUAUCCAAAUAGUUUGUUCGGGCUCGGAGACACCCCAAUCCAGCCACUUGGGCACAUCCCUCUGCACACAACAUUUGGAAAAGGAACACGGUCUAGAACAUUGAGCAUAGACUAG